AUUUAACUGCCGAAAAUGCUGUUGGCAAGGUAAUUUCCUUAAUAUGCGAUGUGAGAGUUCAGCAUAUGGGAGAAGUCGGAGCUCAGAGAUGGUAGACAUGUUUCCCACUAACCAAUAAAAUUAGAUGUUAUGAAUGCACCAUAAGCACGAUAUCUUCACAGGCCACGCCCACCUGACAGACUUCAACGUUGCUACAAUAAUCAAGGAUGGAGAGAGGGCCACUGCCUUAGCUGGAACCAAGCCCUACAUGGCACCAGAGAUCUUCCAGUCCUUUGUGAGUGGGGGGACGGGUUAUGCCUUUGAGGUGGACUGGUGGUCACUAGGCGUGACUGUCUUCGAGGUGCUGCGUGGAUGGAGACCCUAUGAAAUCCAUGCCAGUAACUCAGUGGAGUCUUUAAUGCAGCUCUUCAGUACCGUCAGUGUGCAGUACAACACCGCCUGGCCCAAGGACCUGGUCCAUCUCAUGAGGAAG